UUAACGCUAAUGUAAACAGUUUCGUAUACCCAGAUCUUAUAUAAAUAUCAGCAAUGAAAAGUCACUGCAUUGUUUGUUUAUUUAAUUGAACUGUUACGUCACUAUUGUGUAUCGAAACACGUGGGAGUAUUAUGGCAGAAUCCGACGUAACGACAGUUGGAAGUCGAGUAUGGCUCGUGAAAGGAAGCCCCGAUGAUCUAACGCCAGCCACCGUUACCCAAUGUGACGGGGUCGAGGUCGUGUACCAGACAGACUAUGGAGAGGAGCAACGAAUGUGGAUGAAUGAGAUUGACCCAAACCAAGUAAAACCGAUGAAUGGGGUUCUUCUACAAGGAGUAGAGGACAUGGCGAAAAUGACCGAACUAAACCAAGCUUCAAUUCUUUGCAACCUUAACACAAGAUACCAACAAAAUGAAAUAUACACUUACAUUGGCUCUAUACUGAUCUCUGUCAAUCCGUACAAGCGCCUACACGAUCUGUACGACGAAAAGACGCUCGCUCGCUAUACGAAUAAAGACUUGGGCGAGGAAUCGCCGCACGUAUUCGCUAUCGCCAAUGAAUGUUACACAUGUUUGUGGAAGCGCGAGGAAAGCCAAUGUGUUCUGAUCAGCGGAGAAAGCGGAGCGGGAAAAACCGAGGCAACCAAGUUUAUUCUCAAGUUUAUUUCAAACAUAAGCCGACAACGUAGCGGCAAAGUCGAAGAGGAAAAUGGCAAAUCCAUUGAGAAAUCCAUUCUUGAAAGUGGGCCAGUGUUGGAAGCUUUGGGAAAUGCCAAGACUGUAUAUAAUAACAACUCUAGUAGAUUUGGGAAAUUCGUCCAACUUUUGAUUAGUGAAUCUGGCCAGAUCAAAGGAGGAAGAAUUACUGAUUAUCUUCUUGAAAAGCAUAGAGUGGUUCGACAAAAUCCUGGCGAAAGAAAUUAUCACAUUUUCUACCAGCUAAUACAAGGAGCCACACCAGAACAACGGGAUCGUUUAUUUCUCAUGGAACCGGGGGAAUAUCAUUAUUUAAACCAGUCUGGUUGUGUGUCUGAUCCAACAUUGAAUGAUGCAGAAGAUUGGGCUGCUUUAGAGCAAGCUUUGAAUGUUAUUGGGUUUAAAGACGGACAGAAACAAGACAUGAUGAGUGUCUUAUCUGGAAUAUUGCACUUGGGAAAUGUUUCAUUUAUGAACGCUGGUGGUGCUCAAGUGGUCGAUACUGAUGACAAGGCCCUGCUGCCUCCCCAUAUUGCUCCAGUUAUUGAUCGAACAUCACAGCUGUUGGGCAUCGACAGCGAAAGACUUGAAGCUGUAAUGAAAGAAAGGACGAUGAAAUUAAGAGGAGAAAACAUCACAUCUCCUCAAAGCAUUGAUCAAGCAUGUGAUUCCCGGGAUUCGAUAGCAAUGGCAGUUUACUCCCAACUCUUCCGAUGGAUCAUCUCAAAGAUCAACCACCGCAUCAAAGGUCCAGAUGAUUUUUAUUUCAUUGGGAUUCUCGACAUCUUUGGAUUUGAAAAUUUCAAGAUCAAUCGAUUCGAACAAUUCUGUAUCAACUUUGCCAACGAGAAGCUUCAAGAAUUUUUUAACCGACAUAUUUUUAGUUUGGAACAAAUUGAAUACAACAAGGAAGGAAUAGACUGGUGUGACGUGGAAUGGGCCGACAACAGCGAAUGUUUGGAUUUGGUGGAAAAGAAUCUCGGUCUCAUGUCGCUGAUCAACGAAGAAAGUCGUUUUCCGAAAGGAACUGACAAAUCCCUGCUUAACAAGUUGCAUAAUCAGCAUGCGAAAAAUCAAUUCUAUGUGAAACCGCGUGUCAUCGGAUUGGAGUUUGGAAUCAAACAUUAUGCAGGAGAGGUGAUGUACAAUGUUACUGGUUUCUUAGAGAAAAACAGAGAUACAUUUAGGGAUGAUCUUCUAGGAUUACUGAAAGAUUCAAGCUGUGACUUGAUUUACGACUUGUUUGAGAAAGUUCGUGGAAAUUCUGAAUCUUCUGGGAAAGGUAGAAGCAAGCAAGCCCCAACAGCUAGUGGGCAAUUUAAGAAAUCCCUACAUGCACUGAUGGAGAGAUUGUCAUCUGCCAAUCCUUUCUUUGUUCGCUGCGUCAAACCCAACAUUUUAAAGGUACCCGAUAAUUUCAAUGCUGGAAUCGUAUUAAACCAACUGAGAUAUUCAGGAAUGUUGGAAACAGUUCGAGUUCGAAAAGCUGGUUUCCCUGUUCGGCGAUUGUACAAAGACUUUUGGGACAGGUAUUCUGUAGUUUGUCCCAAUGCUGGAGAUCUCCCUGAAACUCAGGAUCGAGCAAAAAGUGUCCUCAAUGAAGUUGAGGUAGAAGGAACGCUAUGGAGACUUGGGGAAACUAAAGUUUUCAUGAAAGAAAUCUUGGAACAAAUGCUUGAGAAAGUUCGAGGGGAGAAAGUAUUCGGUGCUGCUGUUAUUAUACAGUCGGUGAUCAGAGCUUAUGGUGCAAGGAAACAUUUCUUGAAGUUGAAAGCUUGCUCUGUUCAUGCUCAACGUUUUAUUCGAGGCUUCAUUGCGAGAAGAAAAUUCCGCAAAGCUUACUCGGCGAUUAUCCGUAUUCAAAAGAUGGAGCGAGGAAGACAAGCUCGGAAGAUCUUUGCUGUGUUGGUCCAUGAGAAGCGGGAGAAAGAAAGGAUCAAAAAGGAAGCCACUAUUGUGAUACAGAAGUAUACACGAGGAUUCGCUGCAAGAAAGAUGUUCAAGGUGCUAUUAGAGAAACAUCGUCAGUUGAAGGCACUCAAAGAACAAAUGGAACGUGAACGAAAAGAAAGAGAACAACAGGCUCGUCUUGAAAGAGAGAGACUGGAAAGAGAAGAAAAAGAAAGAAUACAGAGAGAAAAGGAAGAGAAGGCUGCAAGAGAAGCUGCAUUAUCUCAACCCCAAGCCUUACCGUCACCAAUGGAUGAAACACCAGCCUUCCCUCCUCCAUUUGAAGAUAUUUCAACUCCACUUCCAACAGACUUGUCGGUCAUCCCAACAAGAACAUCAGUGGAUGCUCGUUUAUCUGCCAUGGCAAACUUAGAUGCGGUGAUUGAACAAGCUGACAUUGACAGCGCAUACUCCACUGUUAAUAAGAAGACAUUCUCGGAAGAAGGACUGGAUGAUGAUUAUCUGGAGGAGCAGGAGAAGUUGGAGAUGGAACGGAUCCUCCAGCUUGAGCUCGAGAUCGCUCAGAUGCAUAGAAGAAGUGAAGCAAGAUCAAGUAUCAUCUCUACAGAGCGAGAUAGUCGAAUUAUUGAAAACGUUGGCGACAAUCUUACAGAAAUUAGAGAAGAUGUAUUUCCAAACAAGGACAAAGCAGAUGAAACUCGUGGAAUGGAUAUAUUACAGGACCUUGGUUUUGAAGAGUUUGAACACCAAAUGGAGAAUAUGAACACUGAUGUUAUUCAUGAUGCACCACCAGAAGAUAUGAACACUGAGUCAUGGAAUGACAAUGAAGAUAGUGGAAAUGUUGAUCCUGCUCCAACAAGUACAUCGGAUAUUGAAGAUGAGUCUUACUACACGGAUUCUUCGUUUGAUGACGAUGAUAUAAGUGACACUGACACAGUAGCUAGUGGACCAGAUAACAAUGAAAGAUGGAAUCCAAAUGUUUAUUUCCAUUCCUACCUUGAUAUGAAGGGCGGUUUAAUGAGUCAAUGGAAAAAACGUUGGUGCGUGAUUAGCAACAGCACGUUCAUGUUCUUUCGCAGCAAGCAAGACAGCCUUAAAUGUGGAUGGCUUUACAAAAAAUCUGAGGCUGGGAGAGGAACUUUGCGUGGAACAUUGCCACGAAAAAAUUGGCAAAAGAAGUGGGUAGCUCUUCGUAAUCACGAGAUGAAAAUUUACGACAACGACGACGAAAACGCGAAAUGUAAAGCAACCAUUGACCUUAGCACCAUUACUGAUGUUACUGAUGUAACAGAAAAGGAGAACGGAAUUGACGUGAUCAUGUCAUCCAAAGUUCAUCAUUUUUCUGCUGAGAGCACAGAGGAAGCAAAUGAGUGGUAUAGUAUUCUGAUGAAGAUAUUAUCAAGUUCUGAGCAAGAGAUAGCAAACAUGGAGACAGAGUUUGCGAAUCCAAAGAAUGCGAUUGGAACAGUGGAUGGACAAACCAUCACUGCUGUUGCUGCUACCUCUGUUUCUGGCAAGUCAAACACAUUUUCCAUCACCACAUCACAGCGCGUAUAUGUGUUAGCAUGCGACACUGUGGAAGAAAUGCACCAUUGGAUAACUUUGUUGAAUGAAAGCAUGAACACAUCGAACUCUGCUGACUCACAAGGCCAGUCCUCUGCCAUCCAGCAAGGUUGGAUGAUGAAGACAAACUUUCAGCGUCAACGAGUUACCCACCAACGAAGAUGGUUCGUUCUCAAACCCAACGUCAUUGAAUAUUACAAGAGCAGCGGGCGAGGAGCACAGAAGAUGGGGUCGAUGGGGUUGAACAGUUUGUGUUUGGUUACAUCUCCAGAUGAAGCAGCUUAUAAACAGACUGGCUUGUGGGAGAUUAAAGUAUAUGGGAAGAAACACACGUUAAUAUUAAGCACAGAAGUAGAAGAAGAUGCCAACUUAUGGAGUAGCGAGAUACAAGCAAUGAUUGACGCACAACCAAUAAUUGUCACCAAAACUAAACUUCUUAUUGAUAAAAUGAAGCACAUUGGAGAUGAUGAAAAAGAAAUCACUCUUCUUUAUAAAAGAAAUCCAAUCCUCAGACAAAGUCAACAAUCAUUAAGAUCCCCCCUGCUUUCCCUACCAUAUGAACAGGUAUCUGGUACACAAGAUAGCCACCACACACUAAGGGAUGAAGCUAUUAAAUAUUUUGACCGACUUCUUUCAAUGGAAAACGACAAUUAUACAAAUAUUGAGGAAGAAGCUGGCGUGAUACAGGACUUACUACGCACCUGCCAUGGCUCCAAGUCAUUCCAAGACGAAGUUUAUUUACAACUGAUCAAACAAACAGCCAUAUACACCACACAGCUCACUACAGACGAGCAGAUGUGUGAACAACAGCAUGUCACAACUUGCCCACAUUACUGGCACCUUAUUGCUUGCAUGUGUUGUGCAUAUCAUCCUUCAAGGCCAGUUAUGCAAUACCUCAAGUUCCAUCUAAAACGAGUGAAAGAGCGUUACCCCGAAACCCCAGGUGGGGUUUACGCAGCUUUUGCUGAGAAAUCAAUAAAUAAACAAACUUCCCGUCGGCGUGAGAUGGUUCCCUCUAUACCAGAAAUAUGCGCGGCGCUCGAAAGACGGGAUCUUGUUACUGUUAUCAAGUGUUACGGUGGUGCAACAUGUGAUAUCUACAUUGACUCUUUUACAACUGCUGGACAGGUUGUACAAAAGUUGAGACGUGGUAUGCAACUUGAAGGGAAUCGAAACACGUUUGCGCUUUUUGAAAAGAAAGGAACUGAUGAAAGAGCUUUGGAACCUGCUACCUUCCUAUGUGAUAGUGUGGCUAAAUUUGAAUCACUAAACCACGAGCGAGAUAUGGCAAGUGGGGAGUUGGAGUGGGAACUUUAUUUCAAGCUGUAUUGUGUGUUUGAUCCCAUGGAGGUCAAGGAAGAUUCAAUUGCUUAUCAUUUCGUGUUUGAAGAUGUACAUGAACAAGUAAUCAAUGGGCUUUACCCCGCAAGCGAGGAUAUUCUGCGAGAGUUAGCUGCGUUACGUCUUCAGUUUGUGGUUGGAAACUACACGCAGUUGGAUUGGGAUUCUAAGUUGGACCAAUUCUACCCUGUAACCAAAGUAAAGGAAGCUUAUGAGAUUACUGCUAAUGGUGAUGAAUACAAAGAGAAAAGAUCGGGAUCUUUCAACACUAAUUUACUCGAUUCAAAUACAACAACCAAAAAACGAGCAUCUUCCAGCAUCUUCAACACGUUCCGGAAGAGAGGAAUGAAAAAGGUAAAAGAAGAUGAGGAAGGUAAUGAGAUGAAGAGGACGCUCUUCCAGGAGGAGCUACAAGAUGUCCGAUCUAAUGUUGCUGAGAGAUGGAGGAAGUUGAGAGGAAUGGAGCCGGAAGAUGCCGUGGUCGAAUACGUGAACUUAGCUCGGACAUGGCCGGGUUACGGAUCCUAUUUAUUCAAAGUUGAAAACAACGAAGCUCAGUUUGGAGAAUCCCGUUUAUCAUUGGCCGUCGCAUCUAAAGGGGUCACCGUGUAUAAACGAGGUCACCCAGCUUCACUGGAUCAUUUUUCCUUUGAAAAGAUUUUAUCAUUCGGAGCAACGUCUGCUACAGUCUUCCGUCUUCAAACCGAAUCCCGCGGCGACCUUUCAUUUUACGCCGAUCAAGUCACUGAGAUUGUGAAACUAAUGAGAGCAUACGUACAAGCUUUAUAUAAACGUCAUCACCGAUAAGACACUUUCAAAAUUUUCGAUAAAGCACAUCUUGCUUUAACCGAAUCAUUCCGACAAACUGUUGUAUCAUUCUAUAGUAGGUUGGGGUAAGACGGUUCUUGUUCUCAUUCUCGCCCCAUUUAGUUGUAAACAAAGAAUAUUUAUAUGAUUAUAGAACCCUAUCCCCGCGACGCCUAAAAAGCGUUGUUAAUUGUUAAAACCAAAAUUUGGAAAUAUUAGAUAUGAUAUGCUAACCGUACCCAUCUUACCCCGCAGUACUAUUUCCCGAAAACAAAAACGAUAAAGCAUAAACGUUCCACACUUUUCAUAUACUGUACGACCCCUGCCUUACGAGGUUUAUAGGAAAUAAUAUUCUAUACGUUCCACUGCGACGACUUCCAUUACAGUUUUAGCGCAAUAUUCGUAUAUUCAGCGAAAAAAUGAAUUUGUGUAGUACCAGUAUCCGCGGGCAUAGUAAAAUACGUGAAAGCACUUACAGUGAUGGAGAAUUCGCCGCUAUGCCCGUAUGAUAUAAGCUGUAAGUUAUUUAUUUGUAGUCGAAGCGCAUGCACGUUUGCAAUAUCCUGGCUUGUUCAUUACUUUCUAUUUGUUUUUAAGUUCAAUAAACGGCUUUGCUCGUAA